GGGCAGGUGCGGGCGGGCGGCACCGGCGGCACCGGCGGGGGGGCCGCGCCUGCCGCCAGCCGCGAUUGGCCCGGCCCGGCCCGGCUCGGCCCCCUCCGGGGGGGGUCCCGGCCCGCUGCCCCCCCCCCCUCCCCUUCCUCCUCCUUCCUCCGCGACCCCGCUUUUAAGCCUCCGGUACCGGCGGGGUGCUCGGCUCCACCGGCGGGGAUGAGCCUCCGAGCGCCGUGAGCACGGCCCCAGGUCAAGGAUGGUCCAUGUGAUGGGGGAUGCCGGCUGCUGGCUCCUGCUCGGGCUCUCCCUCCUCCCCAUCGUCGUCCUGGGCUCGCAGGACGAUGGGAAGGUGAUCCACAUCAACAGGGUGCAGCACGAGGCUGUGCGCGUGGGGCUGGGGGAGCCCGUGGCCCUGCCCUGCCUCUUCCUGCUCCAUCCCUCGGCCUCGCUGGGGCCCAACGAGCCCCCCGACCCUCCCCGGGUCAAAUGGAGCAAGGUGCGCUCGGCCACGGGCCAGAGGGAGGACGUCCCCAUCCUGGUGGCCAAGGACAACGCGGUGAAGGUGGUGAAAGCCUACGAGGGCCGCGUGUCCCUGCCCGGCUACCCCCGGGACCGGUCCAACGCCACGCUGGUGCUGAGCGCCGCCCGUGCCAGCGACGCCGGGCUCUACCGCUGCGAGGUGGUGGCCGGCAUCGAGGACGAGCAGGACCUGCUGCCGCUGGAGGUGACGGGCGUUGUCUUCCACUACCGCCCCGCGGGGCAGCGCUACGCCCUGACCUUCCCCGCCGCCCGCCGCGCCUGCCUGCACAACUCCGCCGUCAUCGCCUCCCCACGGCACCUCCAGGCCGCCUUCGAGGACGGCUACGACAACUGCGACGCGGGCUGGCUCUCUGACCAGAGCGUGCGGUACCCCAUCACCCUGUCCCGGCCCGGCUGCUACGGGGACCGCAACAGCCUGCCUGGUGUCCGCAGCUACGGCCACAGGGAGCCCGGUGAAGAGUAUGAUGUGUACUGCUACGCACGGGAGCUGCGAGGAACCGUGUUCUACGCCACGGCACCGGGGCGCUUCACCUGGCAGGGGGCCCGGCGGCACUGCCAGAGCCGGGGCGCUUCGCUGGCCACCACCGGGCAGCUCUAUGUGGCGUGGCGGGAGGGCCUGGACCAGUGUGACCCGGGCUGGCUGGCGGACGGCAGCGUGCGCUACCCCAUCCGCCUCCCGCGCAGGAAGUGCGGCGGCGAUGCCUCCGGUGUCAGGACCCUCUACCAGUUCCCCAACCGCACCGGCUUCCCCCCCACCGCCUCCAGAUUUGAUGCCUACUGCUAUAAAGCACACGCAGCCGAGGGACAGGAGGAGCAGGAGGAGCCGGUGCUGCCCGCGCCUGACCCACUGAGCAGUGAUAACGUGUUGGUGGAGCACGGCGAGGACGCUGGCACGUCGGGGGACAUCCGGGACAGCGCACACAACCGCUACAGCCUCCUGCCGCAGCCAGGCCCCGUGCGCCUGGGCGAGGAUGAGGAUGAGCAGUUGCAGCCGCCCAGCAGCAGCCCGGUGCCACAGCGCGGUGAUCUUCCUGGUGCUGCACCGACACAGGCACCGGCGGCUCGCGGGCUGGGUCAUGGCACGUCCCUGCCUCCCACCACAGCCUCCUCGCCAGCGUGGCCUCAUGAGGAUGAAGCUCUCAAUGUGGUGGACCAGGCACCAGUGAGCUCCCAGCAGGAUCUGGCCAGCACCAGCCCAGCACUGCCGGUGCACGGAGACCCUGAGGAGCCCCCAGCUGCACUCGUGCCACAGUCCCAAAGCCCAGACCAGGAGCACGUCACCAGCUCAGCACCGGCACCGCAAGGGAUGGGGACAGAACCUGGAGUGGCAGCAGAGACCCCCAGCACCCCACUGGCCAGCUCCCGUGCCCCACGGCAGAGCAGCUACCCCGGGCUCAAUGGGCGCUACUUCCAGCUGCAGCGGCAGAGCCGGGAGCCCACAGUGCCUGGGGACCCCAUGAGGACGGUCACUGAGGCCCCUGUCCUGGCCCUGGAGGUGAAGGAGGCUGCGGCCAACGCAGUGGAGAUGUGGAGCAUCCCCCAUGGCAGCACUGAGAGCACCCAGUGGGAAGGCACCAACUCACCCUCCAACACGGUGGAGGAGAUCGACCCUAAGCUGAUGGCACCGGCCCCGGCACCGGCGUCACCCUCGCCACAGGCGCCUGCCCGCAGGGAUUCACCGUGGUGGAGCCCCCGCGCCCCCGGGGGACCCGCACGGACGCUCCCUCCGCCGACCCCAUCCCCUGCAGCUCCCCACGGUGCCCCCGGUCACCAGGACGUCACCGCCACCGGGGCUCAGCCCCGUGUCCCCAGCGCCCGCGGGGACUCCCCCCGGCCCCCCGCCGAUGCCACCGAGGACUUCUCCGGUGAUGCCGUGUCCCAGGAGGACGGUGGCCCCGUUCCCCCCCGGCCCCCACUGCCCCCGGCCCCGCUGGUGGCCGAGACCCCCGAGGUGGUCCCUUGGCACCGUGGUGCCGGCAGUAACGGCAGCGGGGCCCCGGGUGACGGCUCGAUGGAGAGGCAGAAGAAAGCGGUGACCUUCCUGCACCCAGGGGGCCCCUCCAUAGGGGACCCCACCAGCGCUGGCCCCACCGAGGUGGCUGCCCCCCAGCCCCAGGACAGGCUGAGCCCCACAGCUCCCCAUGGGCCACCCGAGCUGCCGGCCCAGUACCGGGAUGCUGGGAAGGGCUCAGUCCCGUCCAGCAGUGGAGCAGCCGUGUCCCUCCCGGUGCGGGAUGUCCCCAGUGAGGUGACCCCAUGGGCUCACACUGAGUGGCCGGUGCUGGAGCCAGCAGCCGAGGAGGGAUCCACAGGCUUUGCCCCUGGUCCCACCAGCCGCGCUGCCCCAGGGCUGGGGGGAGCAGAGCGUCUCCUCCUGUCCCCCCCCGACCCACAGCAGCGCCCCACCAGCCCUGGCCCCCCGGGUGUCCCCAGCCAUGAGGACGCACUCACAGCCCCUGGCGAGGAGGAUGCCUCCGGAGAGGUGAAGAGGGAAGAGCCCCCCGUGCCCCUCGGCUCCACCAUCGGCAGCCCCUGGCCAUCACCCACUGCCCCCCACCCAUGGGAGCCGGAGGCACCGGAGUCCCCGGGUGCGGGGCCGCUCUUUGAGCCCUCCAUGGCAGCAGAGCAGGAGGGAGCCCCGCUCCUGGAUGCUGACAGCGGGAGCGGCGAGGAGCCGGCACUGGAGGAGCGGGAGCUGCUGGCCUGGGCAGGCACUGACAACGCCAGCCUGCACGCUCCAUCAGACCCCUGCCAGACCAACCCGUGCCUGCACGGCGGGACCAGCCGCGCCAACGGCACCGUCUGCGGCUGCAGCUGCGCCCCCGGCUUCACCGGCGAGAACUGCGAGAUCGACAUCGACGACUGCUUGUCCAGCCCCUGCCAGAACGGUGGCACCUGCAUCGAUGAGGUCAACUCCUUCGUCUGCCUCUGCCUGCCCAGCUACGGCGGCAGCCGCUGCGAGAAAGACACGGAGGGCUGUGACCACAACUGGCACAAGUUCCAGGGUCACUGCUACCGGUACUUCUCCCGCCGGCGCUCCUGGGAGGAUGCGGAGCGGGAUUGCCGCCGCCGCGCCGGGCACCUCACCAGCAUCCACUCGCCGGAGGAGCACAGCUUCAUCAACGGCUUUGGGCACGAGAACACCUGGAUCGGGCUCAAUGACAGGAUUGUGGAGCAGGAUUUCCAGUGGACCGACAACACUGGCUUGCAAUAUGAGAACUGGCGGGAGAACCAACCCGACAACUUCUUUGCGGGCGGUGAGGACUGCGUGGUGCUGGUGUCCCAUGAGAUUGGCAAGUGGAACGACGUGCCCUGCAACUACAACCUGCCCUACAUCUGCAAGAAGGGCACAGUGCUGUGCGGUCCCCCACCGGAGGUGGCGAAUGCCUUCACUGUGGGGAAGAAGAAGGAGAAGUACAGCAUCCACUCCAGUGUGCGCUACCAGUGCGAGGAGGGCUUCACCCAGCGCCACGUGCCCACCAUCAAGUGCCACAGCACCGGCAAGUGGGACCGGCCCAAAAUCCUCUGCACAAAACGCGGUCGCACCGAGCGCGGCGGCACCACCACCACCGGCACAGCCACCAGCACCACCAGCACCACCACCACAAACCCCGCAAGGAGCGGCGAAAACACCGCAAGCACCUCCGGCUGGACUGGAUGGAGGAGGGCCACUACUUCUAGAGCCGCGGGACAAUGAAGCACAAGGGUCCCCGAUGGGACGUGGUGACAUUUCCCAACCCCUUCCCACCCCUUCUCUUUUAUAACCCCCUUGGCUUUAGCUCCUAGGAUGCCCGGCCCCGUAGGGAAUAGGAUCCAGAGGGGGCGGCUGCGUGUGCGUCCCCAGCCCUCCCUGCAUGCCCCAUACUCAGCCCCCUCCUCGCCUGGGGUCGAGCCCCCAGCCCCGCUUGGGGACCCCCCCAUCCACCCCUGGGGGCUGUUCCCUGGCUGGGCUCUGGUCCCCUCCCCAAAGGGGGGGUUAAUUUGCCUCCCCCCCAUCUCCCACCUUGGCCACGUGUCUCGCUGGCCCAGGGUGGCUCUGGUUUUUUAGCAGCCCCCCCCAUUUCCCCACCCCAGCCUUGCCCAUGGGGGACCCUGCCUGGCACUGACGAUGCCACCAGGGCCGGGUCCUGCUCUGCCGCCCAGGCCGGGCUUGGUUUGGUUUUCCCCGUCCCCAUCCCCUGUCGGGUCCCCGUUGGAGUCGGUGUGUGUGUGCGUGCGUGUGCGUGCGUUCGGCGCUUUCUGAUCUCUGCUGUUUGCGACGGGCAUUGCCCCCCCCCCCCCCCCCAUUUCUGACUCUGCCUUUCUGUACUGCUGGACAUUUUAAUAAAGUUUUUUAAGAGUU